CACGGAAAUCCGAGACUAUUGGGAGAGCGUGAUUCUAGCGUCCUCAACGAGAAGCAGGUAUGCGUCGGAAGAGUGGAUGCUGGGCUGUUCUUGUUCUGUCAUGUUAUGCAUUCCAAAAAAGCCAUCAACAUGGGUAGGUGCAAGGCCGUCGCGCUAUGGGCGCUUCGAAAGGGAAGGAACUUGGCCAAAUGCAGUACGGAGUACGUACAAAAAACUCAAUUAUUUGGUGAGUACCUUGGACUGCGGACAGAACUCGACGAUGUUCUCUUAAUGUUUCACAGCCACAGGUGGGCCCUGGGCCAGUUGGCACUAAACUACUUUGUACAUCGGAUAACCAGGGCCCACUAA